AUGAAAAGAAAUUCUAUUAUAAAUCAUCUCGACAAUGAGAAAUAUGUCCCUAUAAAAAAGACAUCAGGAAUGAGAGAAUUUUUCAAAACAUUAAAGCUAAAAGAAGUAGCAAGAAAAUUUAAAAUGUUGGCUCCUUCUACUAGGUAUAAAUAUAUGAAAGAUUAGCAUUUUUUAUUGAUAAACGACAAAUCCUUGAUAUUUAAAUAAAUUCAGAAUAAUAAGGAUAGGAAAGUUGAAGACAUAUUUUAGUCUAGCAACACCAUCGCUAACUAAGGAGAACAAGAAAAGAGUAAAUAAAAUACUUUAAUAAGAAUUCUGAGCAAUCUACUUGAAUACGCUCCUGUUAUUCCCUCAUCUCACAUUAUCAAAGAUGUGUGGGAUAUAUUUUAAAUUAUAUCCUACUUGACACUCUUUUACUUUAUUCCUAUUCAUGUGACUUUUCAAAUAGAGUUUAUUAACUUGAUGCCAAAUUACCUUAUAUACUUCUUAGCUAUCAUAAUUUUAUUGGACAUUCUAAUCAAUUUGAAUACAGCAUUUUUUGAUAAAGGUGUAGAAGUUAAAGAUAGAUUACUCAUUAUGAAAUAUUAUUAUAAAAAUCACUUAUUUAAGGAUUUAAUAUCAAUAGUUCCUUUUUUUGUUUACUCUCUAUCUUAUCAUUUUUUUUCAGAAUAUAAAAACUAUUUUCCUAGUUCAAUCUUGCUUCUUUUCUUUAUCAGGUUGCAGAAAUUCUAAAUAAUUAUGCAUAGAUUUGAAGAAAACUUUCAUAUGAUAAGAUCAACAAGAAACAUUAUCAAUCUAUUUAAGGUGGUAUUGAACAUCAUUUUUGUUUCUCACAUUUUCUCUUGCAUUUGGAUUGUCAUGGCAAUCUAAGAAAAAAAGACAUAUCCAGAUUCAAUCACUUGGCUAGAAGCUGCUAAAGUGUAGAAUUAAGAUUGGUUGCAUUAAUAUUUGUAUGCCUACUACUUUUCCACUGUUACCAUGAUUACAGUAGGGUAUGGAGACAUAGUUCCUAAAACACCACCAGAGCUUAUAUUAUGUAUUAUUACUAUGAUUAUAGCUUGUGGACAAUUCGGUUAUAGUUUGAACUAAAUUGGUGUUAUAGUUUAGGAUGUGUUCAAAACAGAAACAGAAAUAAAAGAAAAUAUAUAUGUAAUAACGAAUUACAUGAAUAUGAAAAACAUUAACUCCGACUUAUAAUACUAAAUUAGACAAUAUGUUGAAUAUUACUUAAAAGAAUAAAGUUAAAAUAAUUCAUAAAUGGAAACUUAAAUUAUCAACCAAUUGUCUGAUUUUCUUAGAGAAUCCUUAAAGUUUGAAGCAAAUAAGCUAGUUACAAACUCCCCGCUUUUCAGUAAUCAUUUUUCAUAAGAGUUCAUACAAAAAGUGGUACCGCUAAUUAAGGAAAAAAGGUCAACUCCUGAAGAGCUGAUCUACUAAGAAAAUGAAUUAGAUGAUUGUUGCAUUUAUUUCAUAGAAAAAGGAAGCAUUGAUGAAAUUAUAGAUAUGGCUGAUUAAAAGUAUUAGUAAGGUAGAGCUACAUCAAAAAUAAAAGUAAUUAGGUCCUAUGAAGAUGGUGAACACUUUGGAGAAUUGAAUUUCUUUACUGGGUUUAAUAGAAAGAUCACAGCAAGAAGUCGUGAUUUUGCAAAAUUGCUUUAUAUUAGGAGAGAAGACUUCCUAAAUUUAUUGAAAGAUCAUAAGGAAGACUAUGAAACAUUUUGCUAUAUCAAAGAUAAAUUAACUUUUUACAACGAAUUAGAAAUUAUUCAAAAAAAGUGUCCAUCUUGCUUUGCAUAUCAUUUUCUAGAGAAUUGUUAAUGGAUUCAUUAUUCGCCUGACAAAUAAAAGAUCAUUUGUAGGUAUCUUACUUCAUCUCCUUAAAUGAGGAAAAGAGAAUUUAGAAGGAGAAGAAAAUUUAAAUAUCAAACCUUGCUUUAACAUAAUUUUGCUAAAAAGAAGGCACUCCAAUACUUUGAAAACUAAAAUUAAGGAUUAUUAGAACUUGACUGGUAUUAUGAUUUGAUGAACUAAAGUGAUUUAACAAUUGAUUCGGAUGAUAAUAACCAUAUGAAAUUGAACUAAAGCAAUUGUUUUGAAAACCCUUAAAAUGAAGAUAUUUCAAUAUUAAAUUAACCAAGGAGAUAAUAAAGCUAAAAUAAAGAUUUUAAAUUAGUAAUUAAUCAUUCUCAUUCAUAUGAUUAUGAAGAUGAUGAUAAUGAUGAAGUCGGAAAGGAAUUUGGAAAUACCCAAAGUAUCUCACAAAAGUUUCAGAAUUAAAAGAUGUAUAAUUCAAAUAGCAAAAAUAAUGUAAGCUCUGAUAAGUUUAAAUUUGGUCUUUCAAUCAUUCAAAGUCAAUAAGAAUUUAGCAAAAGUCAAAUCAGUGAUUUCAAAGCAAGUUUAAAGCCAAGUGGCUAUAAUAAAGGAGAAUUAAAUAAUUUAUAGCAAAAUAACGAAAAUUCCUUUAAAAUAUAAGAAUCUGUGCAUAAUUUUUAUGAGAAAAAUAAUAAUAAUAAUAAUAUUUCACCAUUUAAUAGCCCUAUAUCAAAAUUUAAUGGAAAUAAUAACAACAAUUAAUAAACAAAUUUCUAGCAAAACCUAGAAAAUGCACUGUUUGAGUAUUUGCAAUAAAAAAAGAAUUCAAUUAAACCUUAAGUGAAUAGUCCUCUCUCCAUUUUUAAGCUUUUUAAUAAAGAUUAGAAUUAAGAAUAAAAUAAUAAUUUUUCCACUUAACUGUAGAAUUUAGUGAGUGCAGGAGUGAACUUAGAUUUUAAUAAUAAUAAAGAUGAAUCUAAAGACACUAUUAUAGAUGAUAAGAGAUUUGAUGUAUUAGCACAUUUUAAUUACUACUUCCCACAUGGAAACUUCUAAAAUAUCAUGUAUCAAUUAGAAAAGGUGGAUGAAUAUCAUAUUUCUCCAUCCCUAAGGCCUCAACUUUUGUAUUAAGAUAAUAUUACUGACUAUAUUAAUUCCUAAAGAGAUUAAAAUAGUAGCAGAUACCAGUCUAUAUUGAUCAAAGGAAAUAGUGAAGAUUUUUCUAAAAGAUAAACAAUUUGCAACAUAUCUCCUCCCUAGAGAAGAAAAAAUGUACUUCAUACAAGAUUUUUAAAAAGAGGGUCUGAAAUUUUAAAAUAAAAUCUUACGAGAACAAAAAUUUUAGGUAAUUCUAAAAUAGAAAAUUUAAUUAAAAAAUUCUAAGAUUAAGAAACUAGCAACUAAGAUAAUCAAGACUAAAUGCAACAAUCAGUAGAUAUUUAAAACCAAAAAAUAAUAAGAAGACAAAGAUAAAUUAUGACCAAAAUGACUUUAGUCAACAUCCCUAAAUUUAAAAAAUUCUCAAAUUAGGAUUUUUAUUAGAAUUUAAAUUCUCCUGGAUUCAACUCAAACUUAGUUAGCAAAAAGAAAAUAGAUUCAAAGAUAGGUUCUUUGGAAAGUUCAAGCUUUGAUCCUGUCUUAGCAAAUGGUUCAUCGAGAAAUUAUAAUUUAUCAAUUUAAUCUCAACAAAAUGAAGAAGAUUAAUUCAUUUCUCCUAAAUUCUAAAAAUUAGUUACUCCCUCUAGAUCACCUGUAUCCCUUAAAAAUGGUGUUAGCUUAUUCUCUAAAUUUAGCCUAGAUAAUAUAUAAGAAGAUAAAACAUUCCAUAUGCAGAGCACAUUAAAGAAAUCUUAAUUUAAAUCUGAAGCAAAUGAUUGA